CAUUUUGAUCGAUCAUGAUAUUUGCUAUAAGUCAAGUGGCAUAGAUCCGAUCCUUCAAUGACAGUUAAAACGAGUCUCUAUGUGUCGCACCCUUUCUUCAGUUAUAUGUUUUAUGGACAGUAACUAAUUCUUUGGGUUAGAGAGAGGACCAGUUAUCUAAAGACCUUUUAUUUCUCACGUUCCAUCCUGUGAACAGUUAUUUGACCUUUAUAUCAGAAAAGAAUUCCUCUAUUUUUCCUAUUUUCCUCGUUUUCCUUGUUUUCUUUUGAGCCGAGGGUCUUUCAGAAACAGCCUCCCUACCUUCCAAGGUGGGGGUAAGGUCUGCGUACACUUUACCUUCCAAGGUAAGGGUAAUUCAGGACUCACAAUGAAGCUGAAGGUAGUUUGGAGGAAAGUAUCUGAUUAUGUUCGAUAUGAUCUGAAAGAGAUUGCUUUUCCUUCAUCUUUGCCGGACCCUCCUCACUUCAAAAAACGUAGGAAACUAACUUUGAAGGAGCGCUAUCUUGUGCUUAAGGAAGCGUCUAGGCUUUAUGCUGCAAGCUGGGUGAGGGACAUUGGUCCUGAACUUCGGCCCAAUGAACACAAAAAGAAGCGUGAGAUUGAAGGCGGGUUGGAUGAAGAAAAUGGUAACAGAAAGGAGAAGGAACCCUCAACAUUAGAGGAUCUAGCUGUGGCUGCAAGAGGUGGCAUGGAGACACUACGACCAGCACUGCAACGAGUUUACAUGACGAGAGCUUCCGCAUAUACAGAUGCACUUAAAAGUUUCAUACAAGGAUAUCAAGAAGGCAUCCAACAAAUCAUGGAGAAAAAGACAGACUCAAAACCAUCCGAAGGCGCUGAUGCAUCCAACUCCAAAGGACCAACUUGAGUUUUAAUGGACAAUUUGUGAGUUCAUCUUUUGCAAUACCAGCUGCAAGAACUUGUACGAUGUCCUCCCUUAUUUCUGUCGAGACAAUCAUGUUAAUAAGUAUCUUCAUUUCUCAUUUUUGUACAUAACUAGAAUGGCGGUGAUGUAAGGAAUGAUAUUUACAUGAACAGUACUCGGGUACUACCAGUUUUUGAGCACUGCUUUAUUUUGCUGUAUUCAUUUUACUGUUGUUUGAA